CCUCCGAUCCACUUCUAGUAAACAUUUAAAGUCACCAAGUGCACGACGAAUUUAACAUUUGAUUCUUCCCUUCAUUACAACCUUCAACUCUACCCAUCCGCCCAUCCUCAUAUGCUCCUCUAGUCCGCUGCCGUCUAAGGCCAAAAUAUUACCAAAGCCUCUUGCACAAUACUUUCAAGUCCACUAGAUCUCAUCACUGCUACUUUCCCUUGAGGACGUACAGUCAUUUGAUCGCCCCGCCGACUUUAAAGCUGUUCUACGCAAAGGCAUUCUUCGAUUAUCGAACACAACGUCUAAUACUAACCAACAACCAAAUCCAGGAACCAUUCACUUGAGUCUCUUGGAGCUCGUUCGACCUGUCGGAGCUCUCACUUACUCAUAUAAUACCCCCCCGAGACAUUCUGUUACUCUUCGUCGGAGUCAACAGUUUCUCGUUUCGAUACACAAUAAUCGUCAUACUCUAGAUAAUUAGACACUAUGGCAUCUGUUGCAGUAUCAACUCCCUUAAAGUCCCACAAGGGGCUUUUCUCCUCUCGUACCGCUGGCGGACGGAUGCCCCUCACACCAUCUCCCCGUCAACGUACCACAACUGCCAAUAUUCCCAUCAACGUGAACUCGUCCCCUUUCACGCCCGACAGGAAGUCUUCUAGUCGUGACACAUCCCGCCCAGCUAGCAAGUCAGUGUAUGGAGGGAAUCUAUCGGCACACCUUGCCAAGACAACCUCAAGAUCGUCUCACCGUAAUUCACCCAAGUCUAACCUUGCCCGCGGUGUCUCCACCCCCCGCAAGGCUCUUGAGCUUGGCGUAUCCGACUUCACCCUUGUUGGCACAGGACAAACCAAGACAUCUUCUAGCCCAAAACCCAAGAAGACGGCGGCGCCUUCAAGAUCAAAGUCCAACAAGACCACCAUUUCUUACACUGCGGAUCGGUUCAUUCCUAACCGAAGCAACAGCUCUGCUAUUGCUAAUGCUGGAUCUGGAAAGCUUGAUUCUCAAGAGAAGAAGAAGCAGCGAUCAAGGGCCAACAGCGGUGAAGCUUCUGCUGUCCUAUCUUCCGCUACCGAUGAUGCUAUCGCCGCGCUUGAAAGCCUUAACAUCGACGACGACGAAGCCGCCAGCUACUCUCGCCCGUCGCCUAACACAGUAGCUUAUCAAGAUUCUCUUGCAAAUGCUUGUGGUGUUAACCUUAACACUCGCAUUCUCCAGUUCAAGCCUGCUCCCCCAGAGUCUUCUAGGCCUAUCGAUCUUCGUCAGCAGUACAACCGACCACUUAAGUCAGCCAAUGCUAGCUCUGCUCAGUUCCGACGCCGCAUUGCGACUGCCCCUGAACGAGUCCUAGAUGCCCCAGGUUUGAUUGACGACUACUACUUGAACUUGCUCGACUGGAGCUCUGGCAACCAAGUUGCUAUCGGCCUGGAGCGGCAAGUCUACGUCUGGUCAGCCGAUGAAGGCUCAGUAAGCUGCUUGCUAGAGACCAGCGCUGAUACAUACGUCAGCAGCGUUAAGUGGUCUGGUGAUGGCGCCUACGUCGGCGUUGGUCUUGGAACCGGUGAGGUCCAGAUCUGGGACGUUGCUGAAGGCACGAAGGUGCGCAGCAUGUUCGGCCAUGACACUCGCGUCGGUGUGAUGGGCUGGAACAAGCACCUUCUCUCUACUGGUGCCCGAAGUGGACUCGUGUACAACCACGAUGUUCGUAUUGCCGAACACAAGGUGGCUGAGCUCGUGUCUCACACUUCUGAAGUCUGCGGUCUUGAAUGGCGGUCCGAUGGUGCCCAGCUUGCAACUGGAGGCAACGACAACCUUGUCUCUAUCUGGGAUGCUCGAUCGCUAGCUGUCCCCAAGUUCACCAAGACAAACCACAAGGCGGCAGUCAAGGCUUUGGCCUGGUGUCCGUGGAACAUGAACCUCCUCGCGACUGGUGGUGGCUCUUACGACCGCCACAUCCACUUCUGGAACACUACUUCUGGCGCCAGAGUGAACAGUAUCGACACUGGUUCCCAAGUCACCAGCCUCCGAUGGAGCACUAGCUACCGCGAAAUUGUCAGCUCGAGCGGAUUCCCUGACAACUCUCUCAGCAUCUGGAGCUACCCCACUCUCGUCCGUAACGUCGAGAUCCCUGCUCACGAGAGCCGAGUUCUCCACAGCUGCCUCAGUCCCGAUGGACAGAUGCUUGCUACCGCAGCUGCCGACGAGAGCUUGAAGUUCUGGAAGGUGUUUGAGAAGAAGGCUGGUGCUGCCGCAGGUGUUGGUGCUAGUGGCUCUUCCAGCAAGGCUCAGAUGGCCAAGCAGAUGACCAUCCGAUAAGCACCAUGUAGAUCUCGCGAAUGUCAGGAGCAUCAUCAUAGCUCAACGAACAGUAGGUACAAUUUCGCUCUGGCAUCUCUGGGUACUGCAUUUGGUGUCUAUUUAGCAUGGCGUUGGGGUAUCCUCACGAUAUAGACCUAGAAGGUUUUUAAUCAGGAUACGACUUGGUCAUGAGCUACGAAGCGAUAAUGCGUGCUACGGGAGACCGCAAGGAUGGAGUUACAAUGGUUGUAUUAUAAUUACGGAGUUUAGGGGAAUUCAAUUAUGCAUCAUAAGGCAGGAAUAAAGGUAGCUAGAUAGUCGACAUAUCAAUAGGAUAUGAGAUUGACUGGUAUUCGCUUAUUUGCCGUAGCUGAUGCGGCAUAAUGAAGUCAU